GACUGUGCCAUCGACCUGCUGCCUGGGGCUACUCUACCCAAAGGUAGAGUUUACCCAUUGUCCAUCCCGGAACAAAAGGCCAUGGAGGAGUACGUCCAGGAAGCCCUUAAGCAAUGGUUCAUUCAACCUUCUACAUCCCCUGCUGUUUCAAGCUUCUUCUUUGUGGCCAAGAAGGACGGAGGCUUGAGGCCAUGCAUCGACUACCGCCAUCUCAACUCCCAAACUGUGAAGUUCCGUUAUCCCCUUCCUCUGAUCCCGGCUGCUCUGGAACAGCUACGUGGAGCUCGUAUCUUCUCCAAGCUGGACCUGCGGAGUGCUUACAACCUCAUUCGCCAGGGGAGAUGAGUGGAAGACUGCCUUCAUAACACCAUCUAUGAAUAUCGGGUCAUGCCGUAUGGCCUGUCCAACUCUCCCUCCGUGUUCCAGAAUUACAUGAAUGAGGUGUUCCGGGAGUACCUCCAACAGUUCGUGAUCGUCUACAUCGAUGAUAUCCUCAUUUACUCCCGGAACCUGGCCGACCAUCGCCACCAUGUCUCCCAGGUCCUCGAGAAGCUACACCAACACCACCUCUAUCUCAAGCUGGAGAAGUGCGAGUUCCACACCAACUCGGUCCAGUUCCUGGGAUACAUCAUCGACCAGCAUGGUAACCAGAUGGACCAGAGGAAGGUGGAAGCCAUCCGCAACUGGCCAACACCCUCUACCAUCAAGGAGUUACAACGAUUCCUGGGCUUUGCAAAUUUCUAUCGACGCUUCAUUCACAAUUACAGUCUCCUCAGUGCACUCCUUUCUUCACUCCUUAAAGGCCGGCCCAAGUCUCUGUCCUGGACUCCAUCUGCCCAAGAAGCUUUCAAACAACUCCAAGAAGCUUUCCUCACCGCCCCGAUCCUGAUCCAUCCUAAUCCAGAGCUCCCGUUUGUCGUCGAGGUGGACGCAUCCUCCACUGGGGUCGGGGCGGUGUUGUCACAGCGGCAGGGUGAUCCCCCAUGACUCCAUCCAUGUGCCUUUUUCUACAAGAAGCUAUCCCCGGCGGAGCAAAAUUAUGACAUCGGGAAUAGAGAACUACUCGCCAUCAAGUUAGCUUUGGAGGAGUGGAGACACUGGCUGGAGGGAGCCAACCAUCCGUUUGAGGUCAUCACCGACCACCGGAAUCUGGAGUACCUCCGAGAAGCUAAAAGACUGAAUCCUCACCAAGCUCGCUGGGCUCUCUUCUUCAUGAGGUUCGAUUUUACAGUUUCCUACCGUCCUGGAACCAAGAACUGCAAAGCAGACACCAACUAUAUCAACUAUAUCAACCCGAGCCAGAGAAUCCUGACCCUGAACCAAUCCUCCCUCCCGCCAUGCUCGUCAGCACUAUACAGUGGGCCAUCAACCAACAGAUAACCCAAGCUAACGCCUCUGAACCUGCUCUGCCGGGAGGUCCUGAGGGGCCCUCUAUGUUCCACCAGCCCACCGUCAGCCCCUCAUGGACUUAGCUCACUCCUCUCCAGGCUCAGGACACCCAGGCAGUUCACGUACCCUCUCGCUUUUGUGUCAACACUACUGGUGGCCGUCCAUGACCCAGGAUGUCUCCCGACACAUCAAGGGAUGCUCAGUCUGUGCCGUUGCCGACACUCCUAGGAGGCUACCAGAGGAUAAGCUGUUACCUCUACCAAUACCUCAUCGACCGUGGACCCACCUGGGCAUCGAUUUCAUGACUGAUCUCCCACCAUCAAGCAACUUCACCUGUGUGUUCGUCAUCAUGGAUCGAUUCUCAAAGGCCUGUAAGCUCAUACCCCUCAAGGGUCUUCCCACAGCUCUGGAAGUGCCCAAAGCUCUAUUCCACAAUGUAUUCCAUCAUUUCGGCAUUCCCGAAGAUAUCAUCUCUGAUUGGGGGCCACAGUUCAGCUGUGGUUCCAGCUGUCAACCACUGGUUCCAGCAAAGCGAGAGAGUGUGGGACUCAGCACAUGUCCAUCUCCAGCAGGCAGUUCGGAGACAUAAGAGACAUGCGGAUGCCAGAAGAGGCCCUACUCCCUAAUACCAGCUGGGUCAGAAGGUGUGGCUAUCGACGAGGGACAUCCGUCUCCGACUGCCCUGCCAUAAGCUGAGUCCCCAGUACAUAGGUCCUUUCACCAUACAGAGGCAGCUCAACGAAGUCACCUACCGACUCAACCUUCCUCCACAGUACCGUAUCUUCUUCCACAGAUUCUGGUGACGAUGCGGUACCUCCUCCUCCCGACCUGGCCGAAGAGGAGACUAUCCACCGGGUGCAGGCGAUCCUCGACUCUCUGACUAUGGCCCAGAGGAAUGCUCCAUGGUAAAUCGUCACGACAUCCUCGACCCCUCGCUCCUUACCCAAUUCCAUGCUUACCACCCAGACCAACCUGCUCCCCAGGGUCGAGGUAGACCCCGUUGUCGUUGCCCCAUCCAGUCGUCAGGAGCCGCCCGUGGAGGAGGGGGUACUGUCACAGAGACCCAGCUAACGCCCACCAACACUAACGCAUCGUCACCAGAUCUCCACACUCCGCCCACUCGUUCACUCUCCCCUGAGUACUGAUCACGAACACCUGCACCUCAUCAUCACGAGCACUAUAAAGACUCUGGUCCCCCACUCUUCAUUGUCUGGUCUCGUCAAUACACACCUGGACUCCUUACCCGCUACUUACCUGUGUUAUCCUGCUGUCUCCUCUCCGUCUCCUGUGUCCUGUUCUCCGUGUUCUCCAGCCGAUCCUGUAAAGACAUACCCUUGAUUACUCUUCAGCUAAGUGACUGUAUCAACGUGCUUGCAUAUCUACUCACCCAUUUGACUGUUGUCUCCUAUGUUCGUGCCUCUGUUCAGUAAACACCUGUUAACUUACCUCUCUGUCUCUGUCUGAGUCUGACACAUGUUUUAUUCAACCAUUCAACUUCUAUGAAUGAAUGAUGAAAAAAAAAAAUUAUUUUACAGAAUAUUUUUAGCAUAAUUAAUUAUUUCUUAUUAAUUUCAUGAAGCACUUCUAUUGUGAUGAUAUGAGAACUUGAAACAGACUAAGAAUCAAAUUUUGAAUGUCUCUGUAGUGGUUGUUCAUGUGGUUUCAUCUAAUCUAAUGGUGAUGAUAUGAAACUGUAUUAUUUGAUUGUACAGAUCUUCCCCGUGUUGUUCCUGUGUAUGUGUUUGGAUCAGUCGGUGUUGUUUUACUGAAUGCUGCUGCACUGAUGACUGAACUGAUACUGAAAACAGUUAAUGGUGAAGGUGCAGUUGGAGAUCUGAGGAUCGUCGUCUUUUCCUCUGAAUUCCUCUUCACUUUAUUUCUGAUGAUUUUGCUGGUAUUUGAACCCUGGAUCAAACCAUGUCUACAGUCAAGUCAGAAGCCAAUAAAGUCUCGUCAAACUCCAGCCACUGGAUCAAACCAGAACCAGAGCACAACAGAAUCACAUGAGAUGAAUCCUAUACUAAAGGAACGAAACCAAGAGACUGGUGGGAGUGACGUGACGGAGGAAACUCGGCCGGAUUCAGUGGUUUCACAAACGUGAUCGACAAUCAGAGAAAAACACUCCUGAGUUCAGUCUCAUUCUUCAUUUGUCAUUGAGACAGUUUUUUCUAAUGUACGUUUUCUUGGUUUUGUAAAUAUCUGUAAAUAUGUGCAGGAUGUAAACUGAGACUCCAUCAAGAUGAACUGAGAGAAAAAUCAGUGUUAGAAUUUUAACUGUAAGAAUCUAUUGAGGUUUGAGUCUCACAGUUCAGUAUCAUGAUAUCAGUAAAUGUUCAGUUCUGUAUGAGGGGCCGUACAAGCCAUAAUUCAUUCUGGCACUCUCACACACAUACAUUCUCCUUUCACACACAUACACUUUUACUCUCACACACAUACAUUCUCCUUUCACACACAUACACUUUUACUCUCACACACAUACAUUCUCCUUUCACACACAUACACUUUUACUCUCACAUACAUACAUUCUCCUUUCACACACAUACACUUUUACUCUCACACACAUACAUUCUCCUUUCACACACAUACACUUUUACUCUCACACACAUACAUUCUCCUUUCACACACAUACACUUUUACUCUCACACACAUACAUUCUCCUUUCACACACAUACACUUUUACUCUCACAUACAUACAUUCUCCUUUCACACACAUACACUUUUACUCUCACACACAUACAUUCUCCUUUCACACACAUACACUUUUACUCUCACACACAUACAUUCUCCUUUCACACACAUACACUUUUACUCUCACACACAUACAUUCUCCUUUCACACACAUACACUUUUACUCUCACACACAUACAUUCUCCUUUCACACACAUACACUUUUACUCUCACACACAUACAUUCUCCUUUCACACACAUACACUUUUACUCUCACACACACACAUUCUCCUUUCACACACAUACACUUUUACUCUCACACACACACAUUCUCCUUUCACACACAUACACUUUUACUCUCACACACACACAUUCUCCUUUCACACACAUACACUUUUACUCUCACACACACACAUUCUCCUUUCACACACAUACACUUUUACUCUCACACACACACAUUCUCCUUUCACACACAUACACUUUUACUCUCACACACAUACAUUCUCCUUUCACACACAUACACUUUUACUCUCACACACAUACAUUCUCCUUUCACACACAUACACUUUUACUCUCACACACAUACAUUCUCCUUUCACACACAUACACUUUUACUCUCACAUACAUACAUUCUCCUUUCACACACAUACACUUUUACUCUCACACACAUACAUUCUCCUUUCACACACAUACACUUUUACUCUCACACACAUACAUUCUCCUUUCACACACAUACACUUUUACUCUCACACACAUACAUUCUCCUUUCACACACAUACACUUUUACUCUCACACACAUACAUUCUCCUUUCACACACAUACACUUUUACUCUCACACACAUACAUUCUCCUUUCACACACAUACACUUUUACUCUCACACACACACAUUCUCCUUUCACACACAUACACUUUUACUCUCACACACACACAUUCUCCUUUCACACACAUACACUUUUACUCUCACACACACACAUUCUCCUUUCACACACAUACACUUUUACUCUCACACACACACAUUCUCCUUUCACACACAUACACUUUUACUCUCACACACAUACAUUCUCCUUUCACACACAUACACUUUUACUCUCACACACAUACAUUCUCCUUUCACACACAUACACUUUUACUCUCACACACAUACAUUCUCCUUUCACACAUACACUUUUACUCUCACAUAUAUACAUUCUCCUUUCACACACAUACACUUUUACUCUCACACACAUACAUUCUCCUUUCACACACAUACACUUUUACUCUCACACACAUACAUUCUCCUUUCACACACAUACACUUUUACUCUCACACACAUACAUUCUCCUUUCACACACAUACACUUUUACUCUCACACACAUACAUUCUCCUUUCACACACAUACAUUUCUACUCUCUCACACACUUACAUUCUCCUUUCACAUACAUGUGUAAAUUGUGGGUUGUUUUUAGCCCAAGGGCUGGAUAAACAUAGGACAGAACACAGGUUGGGCUAAUUCUACCCAGCAUAAAGGUUUUUUUUUUUUUAUUAAUUACUUUUUUCUAUGAUAUUGUUUAUUUAGUACUUACAGAUUAAAUUAUCUAAACCA